UAGGGUUUAUCUGAAACAGCAGAAUAUAUUGGGGGUUUUGGGAGCAAGAAAGGGUAACAUUUUGACUGUUACGAAAUCAUCGAUCGUCACUCGAUUCAUCUCUUCCAUUGGCGCGCGUUUAACGGCGUCGCUUUCAUGGAUUUAUUAAGCCAAUGGCGGCUUCAUUCUCUCUUACAAUGCUAGAUUCCGCUUCCAAUCGGUGGGAUACAACAAUCCCCGCGUGGAUUUUGAUUUUUCUAGAAAUUGAGGGUGUCAUUUAACGAUUCUGAAGGAAUGGCGCAGGAUGUGGCGGUGCAGGAAGACAAGCCUUCCGGUGCCUGCUGUGCCACGUUGCAAAAGAAGUACUCAAAGCUGUCGGAGAGGUUUGUGAAGGUUGAAAAUGUGAGGAACACGUUCCGCAACUGCAUGACACUGCUGCAGAAGAAAUAUGACGAGGUCGAGAAAGAAAAUGAGAGUCUGAAGAAAGAAUUGGAAGAACUCAAAUUGAAGGUUGAUUUUUUGAAAGAUGAGAAAGAUACAGUGGAUGGUAGGUGUACUGAUCUUGAGGAUGAGGUUUCGGCUCUUCAAGAUGAGAUUCAAUUGCUGAAGCAAAGCAGCGGCUCUGCUUCUUAUCAAGAAAAUGAGCAGCUUCAAGAACACAUUGCUCGGUCUGAAGAAGAAAUUAAGCAACUGAACAAGCUUCUGGACCAAGAGAGGGGGAAGGCAGCUUCCGAAAAGAAGAGCGCAGAGUUGGAGAAGAAGAAAGCUGAUGAAGCUUUGAAGAAGUUAGAGAAGGGAAGAAAUCAGAUUUGUGAGUUGCAGAAGGCUGCUAUUGUAGAUGGGAAAAAUGCUGAGGAAUAUAAACUUAUGUGGGAGAAGUUGCAAAAAGAAACUGAUGAUAUAAAGUCAUUGUUGGCUUUGGAAAAAUCUAAAUCAGAGGAUGUUGAGAGGAAAUUGGAGGCAGAGAAACAGAAAUCCGAUAAUGAAAGAAAAAGGGCUGACUUGGCAGUGGCUAAAUCUGAAGACCUGCAAAAACUUACUGAAACAAGUUUGGAGAAGGAUCAAGCAGAUGAGUUAAAUCAGAAGUUGGAACAAGCUAGGAAUAGGGUUGAACAGUUAGAGGGUGAGUUGCUUAAACAUAAAUGCUCUGAAAAAUCUGAAGAUAAGCUUUUGUUGGAGAAGUUUAAAAAGGAAACCGAUGAUUUAAAGUCAAUGUUGGCUUUGGAGAAAUCUAAAUCUGAAGCUGCUCAGAAGGAAGUGGAGGUGGAGAAACAGAAAGCCACUGAAGAAAGAAAAAGGGAAAAGUUGGCGGUGGAAAAAUCUAAAGAGCUAAAUAAACUGGCUGAAACGAAUCUGAAGAGGGCCAUGUCUGAGAAAACUCGAGCGGAUGAUUUAAAUCAGAAGUUGGAACAAGCUAGAAAUAGGGUUGAGCAAUUAGAGGGUGAGUUGCUUAAAAAUAAAUGCUCUGAAAAAUGUGAAGAUAAGCUUUUGUUGGAGAAGUUUAAGAAGGAAACUGAUGAUUUAAAGUCAAUGUUGGCUUUGGAGAAAUCUAAAUCUGAAGCUGCGCAGAAGAAAGUGGAGGAGGAGAAACAGAAAGCCACUGAAGAAAGAAAGAGGGCAAAGUUGGCGGUGGACAAAUCUAAAGAGCUAAACAAACUGGCUGAAACGAAUCUGAAGAGGGCCAUGUCUGAGAAAACUCGAGCGGAUGAUUUAAAUCAGAAGUUGGAACAAGCUAGAAAUAGGGUUAAGCAAUUAGAGGGGGAGUUGCUUAAAAAUAAAUGCUCUGAAAAAUCUGAAGAUAGGCUUUUGUUGGAGAAGUUUAAGAAGGAAACUGAUGAUUUAAAGUCAAUGUUGGCAUUGGAGAAAUCUAAAUCUGAAGCUGCUCAGAAAAAAGUGGAGGUGGAGAAACAGAAAGCCACUGAAGAAAGGAAAAGGGCAAAGUUGGUGGCGGACAAAUCUAAAGAGCAACAGAAACUGUCUGAAAUGAAUAUGAAGAGGGCUAUGUCUGAGAAAACUCGAGCAGAUGUUUUGAAUCAGAAAUUGGAAGAGGCUAAGAAUAGGGUUGAUAAAUCCAGUCCCAGCAGGAAUGCAGUUCUAGCCACUGAUGCACGUACUGAAAUGCUAAAGCAUGACACCCAAUUCUCUAAGUGGGUGGAAAAAAUGCUUUUGGAGAAAGACCAUACUAUUAUUAGGGAGAAAAGGCGUGCAGAUUCAGCAAAAAAGAAAGCAAAGAAACAGACAAAAGUUGCAGAAGAACACAAAAAGAUGUCCAUGGAACAAAAACACCGGGCCGAUCAACUAUCUGAGCAGUUAGAGAAUUACAAGCUCAGGUUAGAAGGGUUGCCGAAGGAAAUGCAGGAGUUCAUUUCACGGAGAAAUUAUACUGGUAUUUCUCCCAUAACAAACAAUGAUAUCAAUUUUGAAACUGAUUCAGUUGAAUUUCUAAAGAAACAAUUGGAGCUAGAAAAGUUGCUUGCAAAACAUGCCAAGCAAGCAACAAAGAUAGAAGCUUUUCGUAACAAGGUACUAGAACAAGAGUUAUGUCGCCUAAAGCAGGAGAGUCACCAGUUCCAACAACACUUGAAUAAGCUAGAUAAAAGUUUGUCGCAUGGCUCUGGAGGCAUAGAUCAUUUGAAAAGGAUUAGCGGUCAGACCACCGAAAUGGAAAUAUUAGGCAUCGAUGGGGAUCAUAGGCUACUCAUGUCAGGUAUAGAUUCUAGGAUGGACCCUCCGUAUCGAGGUUCCAACCAAAAAAUCUUACAGGGUUCUGCCUUAUAUUCCAGUUCGGCAUCUUUUUCUGAUCGACCCUUGGUGGGAUCACAGGAAAGAGACACAUUAUCUAUUAUGACAUCAGCUAACCUGGGGGAGGAUGUGUCAAACUUCACUCCAAAGAUCUCUGGUAAGAUGCAAAACAAGCAAAAUGUAUCUAAAGCUGAUAACAGAUCUAGGACUCCAUUGAAAGACAGUCCUAGUAAAAGAAGAGUUGUCUUGCGUGAGAAGAAGAGGAUUCUUGGUGCAGCAAAGCCCGUAGAAAAUCUGUAUGUUACAGGUGAGAAGUUGCAACAACAGGUGUCUGAAAAACUACCCGUACUGCAUGAUAUUCUCAAUGGUCAAAUGGAUGAACCUCGAGAAGAGAGCCUGAAACGAACUUCGACAGAGCUUUUCAGAACUCUCAAGAAGAGGAAAACCUCUUCAGAAGGAAUGGUAAUUGUUCACCACCCGCAAGACUCUGGGCAGUCAAAAGGCAUCCCUGAUUCUGAUAUCAAUAACUCAGAUGCUUGUAUACCUGCUUCAUCACCAGGGUCUGAUGCAGUCAGAUCUGAUUUGGUCUUGAGGGAGGGAACAAAUAAUAUUUCAGGACACAACCUGUCCACUCCAGAUUUUGACCAGAUGGUCACUGGUGACUAUAUGAAGUUGCUAGAGAUGGACAAUGCUGCUGAUGAAGAAUCCUAUUGUAGAGCGAUUGCCAGGCCCCUAUCUCCUACUCUACCUGAGGUUGAAGUAGUUAGCUCUGAGAUGCUGGUACGUGAGAGUUCCCAAGAGGGGUUGCCAAAUGUGAGUAGUUAUACCGUUAUUGAAACGGAAAAGAAUCUCACUAGUUUUAUAUCUAACGGCGGCUCUGUUCCAUCACUGUUGCAAAUGGAGCAUAAUUCUGACCACUUUCCGAAAGAUACAACUCCACUAGCAGCAAGUGAUACUCAUUGUCAAGAAAUCCAUGUUUCAAGUCGGAAGUUGGGAAUGCCUUAUCUUACUGGUUCUGGAAACAAAACUAUUGAAUCAUGUGAAAAUGGAAGUGCAUCUAGUUAUGGUGAGACUCCAAAGUUUUUAAUUGUAUCCUCAGACAACAAAGACAUUUCUAGCAUUUUGAGGAUCCUUCAGACAACAUGCAGUUGCAUGCCGCAAUGUUCGUUUGAUCAUUCAGUGGAGAUGUUCAUUCAAAACGUUAUACACAUCCUUUCUAAAGCUAAAGAUCUCUCAACUAGGGAAAAAGCAUGCGUGUUCUUGUCGCUAAUACUGCCUGAAAUUUCUGAGCUCGGACUGAAGAACUUGACAAAUGGAUUAGGUGGUAAUUUUGUCCAGGCUCUUGGUUCAGUGAGCGUACUCUUCAACUCAGCACUAUCUGAUCCAUCUUUGAGAAGGAUGGCUAUGGAGUCGUGUGGUUUUUUUGAAAUGCUUGCUAUCAUUGAAGAUUUUCUUCAGCAGAGUAAAGUUUUUGUUUACGGUGGUGCAUCUGCUGAGUCAGAGUCCCAUGUUUCUUCCAAACUGAACCUCAUUUUAAAUGACAAUCACAUAAUGUUGUUGGAAGUGGCUGCUUCAGCUCAUCUGCUGGUUGCAGGGGGUAGUCUGUUAGCAUCAUUGUGCUCAGCUGUUGAUUAUAUUGGUUAUGUUUGUGAGACAUCUUGUAGCAUUAUUAGAAUGCAGAAGCUUGACCGUCCAGUAAUGUUGGCUAUUCUUCAUGUUUUUGCUCUCAUAUGUGGCUCAAAAUACUUUACCCUUCAGCAGUACUCUGUAGUUAUGUCUAUUGUAAAAUCCGUGGUUAUGUUUCUUGAGGAGCAAACUGAGUCACCCAAUUCUAUAUCCUUUUCCCAGUCAGAUGUUAGAAACCCAUCUAGCAUGUUGGUAUGCACACAUUGUCCAUUCUCAGUAGGUGCAGUUUCUGUGAAAGAUGCCUCAGUGAUGUUGUUAGAGAACCUCCAAAAGCAGUGUCAUUGUGGGUUAUGGCCACAAGAUUCACUUUCCUUAGUCAGUUUGCUGUUUCCUACACUACCUCGCCAUGAGGAGGGGGGCAAAGAAGUUUCAGGCUCUGGAGAGGCUGCCUUGUCGAGUUUGGCAUGUGAUGAGAAUUCAUACAACUUCCUUGAUAUUAUUUCUUUGGUUGAGCUUCUAGCUUCAGUCAUGAACUGGGAUUGGACAUCUGAUCACCUCGUAGGGAAGAUUUGUGAAUAUUUGGAGUUGCAUAUAACGGAGGGAUUCUCUGCUGCUAUCAUCAUGCUUCUUGGCCAACUUGGGAGGAUUGGAGCUGGUGCUGCUGGAUACGAGGAUCCUGGUGUUAAGAAAUUAAGAGACUGGUUCUCAAAAUAUGCUCAGGAAAUCACAUUCAAGAGAUUAAGUAUUUUUGUCCAAGCUGCCCUUAUAACAUCUCUGCUUGGUGUCACUCCUAUCAAAUUUGAAGAGAUCGCUGAAGGUAAAGCUGAAACUCUAGCAGCCGUGAGUAGUCAGUCCAUUCCCUACAGAUUUAUAAGGGAGUGGUUUUCUUCCUUGAGUCACGAGCAACAGUCACUCGUGAGGAUUCAUUUAUCCGCAAGUGAGGGCAACCAGCAGGUCGGUUUUGUACCUGAGACGAAGAUUUAGUUCAGACAUAGGCGAAAAGAAAGGAUUUUGUACGUUCAAAUUGAGUUCGAAUCCCAUUCUUCUUGAAGAAUUUUGUGUACAGCAGUGGAGGCUUCGGAGAACCAAAGUCCAAAGGUCUUCUCUCCAAAUUUUCUCAAGUUAAAAUGAGCUGAAUAUUUCAGAAUUUUGUUCGACAUUGAUUCAGUCAAUAUUUCGUUAUUUUGAGCUGAACCAACUACACUGAGUCCCCUCUUUUUCUGAAAUUAAAAUUUCAGAACAUCAAUAAUUAUCAAACUAUGUCAGUGUGUGAAUGUGACAUUAUUAAA